GAAGAAAAGGUAAAUACAUUUUUUUUUAAUAAACAUAUGGUUGAUAACUCACAUGUUACUGGAUUCUGCGGGUGCUAUUUGGAUAACAAAAUCGCGUUUAUCGGUCUCAGAUGCAUGAACCGUUGCAUUCUUCAAGUUACAUGCAAUUACAGUUGUCUAAAAUGAUUAUACAUAAAAAAAAAUCAGUGGGGGAGGUUAGAUUCCAUGUAAUAGAGAUAACAUACGGUUGGAUCCUUGUAUUGUUUCAAAUGACCAUCCUCCUUGGAAAUAUAGUAAUAGUACCUAUCAUGACGUUUUACUUUUUUAAAUCAUCAUGUCUUGCGGUGACAAAAAAAACAUACCUCUCCCAUUUUCCUCCAUUGUGGUUAAUGGCAUCCUUGUUACCAUUGAUACCAUUGGUACAAUUACUAUUAACACCCGCUGGCUUUUUUUUCGCAAGCAAGUAGCCCUUUGCAGAAAUUUGAGAUCCAGUCAAAGAAAGGGGGUUUGUUGUUGACAGUAAAGAAUCUAAGCUAUUGUACCUUUGCUACAAAAAAUAACAAGCAUUCCUUUUCCUUUUAAUAAGUGGGAUUCUAAUGUAUGCUAUGAUGAAAAAAACUUACGACAACUCUUGGUUUAUUUAAAAAGGUAAAUGGUAUCAAGGAA